AGAAACAGAAUGAAAGAUUAAUCGAAUAACAGAAUACUAAAAAUACGAAGGUAGCGUUACAAGAUGGCUUCCUUCUUGCAGUGGCGGCGAUUUAAUUUCUUUGAAAAAGAAAGCACUUACUACCCAGAUACCAAUGAAAUAUUUGACAAAUUAAAGGAUAUUAAUAUAUCUGCUUGUGCCAGUGGUCGAGGACAAAUCAUAAUUGGUGACCACAAUGGAUUCCUGCAUUUUAUCAACCGUAAAAUGGAAAUCACUGAAUUUGAAGCUUACAAGAUCCGUGUGUCACACUUGUUUCAGAUGAAGCAACACAAUCUUUUAAUUUCCAUUGGAGAAGAUGAACAAGGGGUCAAUCCUCUUAUUAAAGUAUGGAAUCUCGAUAAAAUGGAUCGAGGUAUUCCAUUAUGUACAAGAAUUGCUCGAGCUAUUCCUGGAAAUAAACCUUCACAUGUAACCUGUUUGACAGUCCAUGAAAACCUCAACUGGAUGGCCAUUGGAUUUGAAUGUGGCAGUGUGGUUCUUUAUAAAGGAGAUGUCACACGUGAUCGGCACAGCAAGUUUCGUGUUGUUUAUGAAAACCAACGACCAAUCACAGGACUAGGUUUUCGUAUAUCAGGAAAGAACAUAAUUUUGUUUGUGGUCACUGAAACCAGUGUCGUAUCCAUAAGCAUCACCAGUAAGGAUCAGAGGAUAAUUCUUGACCAAUUUGGCUGUAAAGCUCGGUGUUCUGUUAUGAGUGGUGUGACACAGGACAAUCAGCUUGUGCUUGGAAGAUCCGAUGUUGUGUAUUUCUAUCAACCUGAUGGCCGAGGUCCUUGUCUUGCACUGGAAGGAGAAAAACUGAUGCUUGUUUGGUUCCGAGGAUAUUUAAUCACAGUUCGACGUGAGAAACGUUCUUUGCCACCAAUGAGUAACGAUGGUCUUGAGAUGAAUAUUGUAACCAUUUAUGACAUCCAAAAUAAAUUCAUAGCUUUCGUUGGACCUUUCCCUGAAAUUAUUGAUAUUGUCUAUGAAUGGGGUUCAAUAUUCAUUUUAGCUGGGGACAAAAGGUUUUAUCAACUGAUUGAGAAAGAUACACAAACUAAAUUAGAUAUUUUAUUUCGUAAGAACCUUUACAAUAUAGCUAUCAAUCUAGCAAAAAGCCAACAUUAUGACCAAGGUGGAUUGAUAGAUAUCUUCACACAGUAUGGAGAUCAUUUAUACAGUAAAGGAGACCACGAUGGAGCUAUUGAGCAAUAUAUUAAAACUAUUGGUAAACUGGAAGCUUCAUAUGUAAUAAGAAAGUUUUUGGAUGCUCAAAGAAUCCACAAUCUUACUCGAUAUCUCCAAGCCUUACACAAACAGACUCUGGCCACUGAAGAACACACUACACUUCUAUUAAACUGCUACACUCGAUUAAAAGAUGUGUCAGAACUUGAUAAAUUCAUUAAGACAAAAGACAGGGAAGUUGACUUUGAUGUUGAAACUGCCAUCAAAGUGUGUCGACAGGCUGGUUAUUAUGAACAUGCCUUAUUUCUGGCUGAUAAAUACAACAUCCACAAAUGGUACCUGAAAAUCCAAUUGGAAGAUAUCAAAGAUUUCAAGAAAGCACUGGAGUACAUUGGCAAACUUAGCUUUGCAGAGCCAUUAAUUGACCAAAAUGUUUUGGAUGGUGGUAUCCCAAAGAUCCAGAAAGCACCUGCUGAAGAAUUCAUUCAUAUCUUUGUAAGCAGUUCUGCUCGUCUAACUGAGUUUUUAGAACACAUGAUCAAAGUGCAACCCAACUCAAGCAGUCUGUUGUACAACACCCUUUUGGAACUCUACCUCCAAAAUACUGGACAUGAAACAGAACCUGUGGCCAAGUCAAAAACGAGCAAAGAAGAUAAAGAGAGAAAAACUCUUGAAUUACUUCAAGGAUCAAAGGCUGGCUAUGAUAUCAACCAAGCCCUUGUUCUCUGUCAGAUGCACAACUUCACUGCUGGUAUACUCUACCUUUACGAAAAGGCAGAGCUUUAUGAACAAAUCCUACGCUAUCACAUGGACCAUGAUGAAUAUGGACAGGUUAUUAACACAUGUAAACGGUUUGGAAUUCAAGAACCAAAUCUCUGGGUUCAGUCCUUGUCGUAUUUUGCAAUGAAAGAAGACAACUGUAAAACUUACCUUAUGGAAGUUCUUUCUCAUAUCGACAAGAAGAACCUGUUACCUCCGUUGCUUGUCAUCCAGACACUGGCCAACAACUCUGCUGCUACACUGUCAGUUGUAAAGGACUAUAUUGUCAAGCGUCUGCAGCAAGAAAAUGAUCAGAUAAUUGAAGACGAACGACUUAUCCAACAAUAUAGGGAAGACACUCUGAAGAAGAAAAACCAAAUUGAAGAAUUAAAGACUUCCGCAAAGAUCUUCCAAGCUCCUAAAUGCAGUAUUUGUAACCAUCCUUUGGAAAUCCCAUCGGUACAUUUUCUGUGUGAACCUCACUCUUACCAUCAACAUUGCUUUGAAUGUUAUGGUGAAAAUGAAUGCCCUGUUUGUAUGCAAGAAAACAGGAAAGUGAUGGAAGUGAUCCGAGCCCAAGAACAAAACAAGGAUAUCCAUGAACAUUUCCACAAUGAGCUUGACCGUGUCCAGGAUGGAUUCUCUUUGAUUGCUGAUUACUUUGGACGUGGUAUUUUUAGUAAGAAAUCUCCAACGAGAGAAUAUAUUCAGCCUUGAAAGAUAUCAAUCAACCCAGUAUGAAUUCUGAACAUUUUACUGUCACCUGUCCUCUCUGGUGCUCUGGCCUUGAAACAGUAUUUUAAGAUGACACUUUGUUUGAUGUCAUAUACCAGAUUGACAUACGUACCAUAUAUCUAUACAGUUAUGUGAUAAACAGCUUCCACCACCACCACCAUGACCCUAUUUGAGGCAAAGAUAAUGGUGCCACUGAGAAUUUCCUCCCCCUACUCCAACACUCUCUCUCGGCAGUACAGGGUUCUUUAUAUUAAUUCUUGCAAGUCUCAAAAGCUAGCUAUUAGCAUAUCAAUCUCUGUGAUCCCUAAAUUGGAAAUGAAUAAGGAAUAUUUCUUGACAUUCCUUAUUCAUUUCCAUUGCAUCUUACAUUCCCUGGUUGCACUUCAUGAGACCACAAGACCACUUCAUUAAUUCUCAAUUUCUGUCAAAUUAAGGCCACCAAUGUAUUGUAUUUAUUCGUUUUUCUUUUUCUUGUUACCAAUUAUUGUUUUCAAACUUUUUGCUAAAUUUAACGAUAUUUUAAGUUUUAUGCAUCUGCAAUUAAGUUUUUUUUUUUUUGUUUUUGGAAAAGUCUUAUGGUUUAAAUCAGUGGUUCUCAACCAGGACCCACAUGGCCCCUGAGGGUCCACAUAACAAAAUAGUAAAUCAGGGAUCCUCAAUAAUAUUCUAAGAGCCCCUACAAAAAUGUUGCUUUAGAUGUUUAUAUGUAUUGCAAGAAACAGCCAAGUUUCUUUCUCUAACAUUUUGACAGUUCAACCUACACAAGUGAAAGUGUGAAACAAAAUUGCAAUUUUCAAAGAAGUUUCUAUAAAACUAGUUUUUAAACAUCGAAUGGCUAUGAGGGUCCACCAGAAUAAAAUAAUCAAAGGGGUCCAUAGAUAAAAUAUGAUUGAGAACCCCUGGUUUACAUAGUUAAUCAUUUAACAUACACAUAUACACUAUUAGUAAACAAUAUAUCAAAUAAUGGGAAACACAAUAGGUCUGUACAUUGUAAUCAAUCCAACAAAAAUUUGGAGCUUGUGUUUUAUAAAUGAUGUAGAAAUAACAAUUGUCAAUACUUUCACAUUUUUUUAAAUGUAUUUCUAAAAAAAUGGUGUAUCAUAAUUUAAAACAUCUGGUAAUUAAUAGAAGGCACAAUGUAUGUAACAUUAAUCUGAAUGUAAAUAGUAAAUAACAAUCAAUGAAGAUAAUUUAUGACUAUAACAUAGUGUUAAUACUGAAACAAUACUUACUAAACAUUAUGAUUAAUCUAACCAUAUUUAUUGAUAACAAAUCUAUCAUGUGGAUGAUUAUCAGUAAAUUGAGUUUAUUGAUAUUGUGACAUAGAAAUAAUAAAGUAUACUAAGGGCAUAUGUAUAUAUAUAUAUGUGUGUGUGUGUGUGUGUUUUGGAAAGAAUAGAAUAUAAAAACUUUCACUCUGAUAUUAAUAACUAUGGAAGCCUAGUGGGAAUAUUAUCUGCAUGGACUUCAAGGGCUAGGUUGCUAUUUAGUUAGAUAAUUUAGGAGUUAGUUAUAGGUUUACUUAUUGAAUUAAUUUACCAAUACUAUUUUUUGUACAUAGGGAAAAUGGGUUUGUUUGUUGUAAUUUAAUUAAUGUUAGUGUGUAUUCCUUCCUAGAAUUAAGAUUGAAUGAAUGUGGUUAUAUCUGAGGUCUGUUUGUUCCCAAACAACACUUAUUUUAGUACUCUUGACACCACUGGAUUGAAUAAUACUGCCCUGGUGUCAAAACCAUAGUGAUAUUUGUGGAGCAGCUGAUGAUGGAGGUAUGUUGGAUUGUUGGUAUGGCUGUUAUUGUAUGUGCAGAAUAGUUUUAUAAGAUAUAUAUAUAUAUAUAUAUUUCACUUUUAGUGUGUGCAUAACAAACCAGUUGUGAAUAUUUCUAUAUAAGGAUAUGAGCAGAGAAAUUAGUAUAUAUAUGCAAGACUUGCACUAAAAAAAUAAUCCCAACUUGUUUUUCAAUAUGCCUAGAAUCGUUAGCACUCUGGGCAAAAUGCUUAGCAGCAUUUCAUCUGUCUAUACAUUCUGAGUUCAAAUUCCGUCGAGAUCGACUUUGCCUUUCAUCCUUUCAGGGUCAAUAAAAUAAAAUAAGUAGCAGCUGACCACUGGGAUUGAUGUAAUCAACCUACCCACUGCCUAAGGUGUCAAGCUGGCAGAAUCAUUAGCACACCUGGGAAAAUACUUAGUGUCAUUUGUUCUCGCUUUAUAUUCUGAGUUCAAAUUCCACCGAAGUCAACUUUGCUUUCAUCCUUUCAGGGUCAAUAAAGUACCAGUCGAGCACUGGAGUUAGUGUAAUUGACUAGUCCCCUACCCCAAAUUUCUGGCCUUGUGCCUUUAGUAGAAAAGAUUACUAUUAUGAUACAAAAUUCAUUCAUAGUUUAGGUGGUGUAUGUAAAGAAUAUUUAUAAUUAAUACUCAGCAUUGAUGAAGAUAGUUGCAGUGCCACUGCCACUUUCACCAUGAUGUAUAUGAUGCAGUAUAUAUACAUACACUGCACAUACUAGAAGAUAUGAUGAAUGCUGACAUACUGUGAUUAAGUAUUAUGAUAAAUGUUCACUUGAACAUAUUCUGAAAAUAUAUGUAUAAAUUAUGUUUUGUUUUUUAGUGUGUGAGUGUGUAUAUAUAUAUAUAUAACAUAAACCAGAAGGCAUGUAAAUAAUUCUAUUCGAAAAUAUAUGUAAAUAAUUAGGAUAUAUAAUAAGUGUUGCUGUAAAAUAAACCCAGCAUUAUUUUUGAACAGGAUUAAAUAUAUGUAUAUGUGUGUGUGUCUUGUUAUGCAGAAUUGAUUCAUAGCUCUACUGUGUAUGUAAAGAAUAUAAUUAAUGUCCAACAUAGUGUUGACAAUUGUGCAUAUAUCAUACACACUAUACACAACCAUACAAUGACUGCUGGGACAUCUUGAUUAAAAUUGUAAUAAACUAGUUUAGUUUCAAGAUACUUCUCACGGGCAUUCUAGGAAUAGUGAUAUUCCUAGGAAUAGUGAGAUCAGCAAUUAGUGAGCAUGAACAGUACAAAAAGUGAAUACAUUACCUCCCAUAAUUCUAUUAACUGGAAUUUUUUUAUGAAACUUUGAUUUCUAGCAUAAAACAGCCUUAGAAACACGCUUGAAUGAUCAAAAUAACUUUUCAAAAUAACAUUUUAAAUAGAAAUAAGCAAGAUAUUGGGUGAAAAAUUAGCAACCCUCAUUUGAAUGUCAGAGAAAUAUACCUAGUAGAUAUAGCAAAAAGGUUAGAUAUGUGUAAAUAUUGACAGAUAAUUACGAAAUUUGUAAUUUUUAAGUGAUCUUAUAUGAGAUCACUGGUAGGUAAUGGGUUAACGGAUGCCAGGUCCUUCAACUUCAAAUUCUCUCACCCAGUUGAUCUAGCUGGGAUUGAUCGAGUCACAGAUUGAAUCCCAGCAGCAUCAUGCCACAAUUCUGCCCUUUUUUUUUUUUUUUUAUCCAUAGCCAUCUUGUGUAGUAUUCUUUGCAGCUUCUGUAAUGAAUGCAUGCCUUGCUCCCCCUCUUUCCUGUUCCAGUAACAAGAAGACCAAUCAGAACUUUGCAAACCAACUUCAAAUCGAUCACAGCAUAUACUCCAGCCUUGGCUUCUGCACUGCUCUGCCAAUUCCCACUAUUUGGCAAGCUUUCUCUUGUGAGCCUCCUUUAUGCGUUCUUCCCAAAGCACAAGUCAGCUUGUCACAGGAUCGCCUGCUUUAGUGAAAUCCGAAAAGAUGACUAUGUCUAGGCAGAGUGUCGUUAGUAUGAUGUGCUCUGGGAACUUUAUGUAUGUGUGUGUAUGUAUUUAUUCGCUGUAAAGCUACAUAAGUGGCUCGGUGGCCUAGAGUUUUUUUGUGGGGUGUUUUUUUUUUUUUGCAUGACUCUUAAAGUGUUUAAUCUUGUCACUUGAGAGCAUUGUGGCUGAUAAAUAAAGAAAUAUAUAUACUUUUGUGAAUUGAA